UAGCCACUGGUUUAGAGAAAAACUUCAGAAUAUUCAGCUAGGCAAUCAAGAAUCUCUGGACACUGGCUGCUGUGUACUUCACCAAAUAUAUUUCCUCCUACCCCAUUACUGCUUCUCUCUUAAGACGGUGAUAUCUUCAAAGGACUGGUUUUCCCCCCUCUCCCUUAAAGGAAAGAAAACUAUCAGGAGACAGUAUAGUGUAGUAAAAAGCCAGAAUGCCUGGGAUUGAAAUCCUAGGUUUUCCCUUAAGUAGCUGUGUAACUUUGGACACAUUACUUAGUCUCUCAGUGCCUGUUUCUUCAUUCGUAAAAUGGGGAUAAUAGUACCUACCUCAUAGAACUGUUGAGAGAUUAAAUGAAUUGAUAUCUGGGACUUCCCUGGUGGUCCAGUGGUUAAGACUCUGCUCUUCCACUGCAGGGGGCACGGGUUCAAUACCUGGUCAGAGAACUAAGAUCCCUGCAUGCAGCGUGGCCAAAGAUCAAUCAAUCAAUCAAUAAACUGAUAUCUGUAAACUGCCUAGAAUAUUGAGUGAGCACAGCAUAGCAUCUAAGAGGCUGUGUGUUAUAGGCCUCUUCAUUGACGAAAGGAUACAACCUAGAUUUGAGUUCUUCAGGUCCAUGGUUAACUGGCUAUUAUCCUUGGCCAGAUUAACUACUCAUCUGUAAAAACAGGGAUGGUUCAAACACUGCUGUGAACACGGAUUGAGUGCUGGCACUGUGCUUAUAGAUUUUGAACUUGAGGUUGGGGCUGUUUUCUCUGUGUCCCCCGCACCUUGCAUAGUGCCUGAUACAGAGUGUGCAAUAAACUUUUGUUGAAUUUACCAGUAUUUAGCAUCAACCUUGUGACUUCAACUGAUUAGUACUGAGAUACAAAGAUGAAUGGUGAAACUCAGGUGUGUAUACUAAGUGCUACAAUAUAUUGAAUAGGUGUGGACCAGGUGCAGUGGUAGCAAGAAAGGACUGACCAUUGGGUUUGGUCAGAAGGUGAUUGUUAAAUGAGUAAAAAGUCUACCAGUGGAGGGUGGGGCCAGAAGUCAGAUUAUAGUGAAAGAAGAAGUGGGUGUGCAGCAUAAAGUAGUAGUUUUGUAUAAUUAGAGUUUGGAUGGAAGGUGUGAUUAUAGCUAGACUAGCAUAAGGGUGUGGAGUAGGGUUUUUUUAGAGGAUGAUAGAGAUUUGUACUUUAUGAAAACACCUUUUAUGCUGAGCUGUUGGAGAGAAGUAACUAUGAAUCUAAGUUGCAUUUCUUUUUUCUUUUUUUUUUUUUUUUGCGGUACGCGGGCCUCUCACUGUUGUGGCCUCUCCCGUUGCGGAGCACAGGCUCCGGACGUGCAAGCUCAGCAGCCAUGGCUCACGGGCCUAGCCGCUCCGCGGCAUGUGGGAUCUUCCCGGACCGGGGCACGAACCCGUAUCCCCUGCAUCGGCAGGCGGACUCUCAACCACUGCGCCACCAGGGAAGCCCUAAGUUGUAUUUCUGAACCAUCAUCAAAUGUAAUCUUGGCUCUUCUAGGACAACAUCAGGUGCAGAUGCUACCUCUUUCCUACAGCCUUCCCUGACCUGGACAUAAGCAAUCUUUCCUCUAAGCGCCUUUGCUUCCUGGGUUGUAGAAAAGGAAAAAGAAAAAAAAGUACAGCUACCACCAUUAUGGUCCUUUUAGGGUUUAUCUAGAUAAGGAAUCCUAGACUGAGUGGAGGUAUGACAUCUAAAAUCACAGGUCCUCUUGGAUCCACUCCAUUUCACUAGGAAAGAAGGCAUAGGUGUGGACAAUAUGAUUCAGAUACACCUGGGUUCCAGGGUAGCCGCUUCCUGGCUCUGUAGCCAGGGCCAAGUUACUUUAACUUUCUAGGCCACGGUUUUCAGGCACCUGAUUGGGGCGAUAUGGGGAGCGGUUAAAUGUAAAACACUUAGGACAGCGUCUCAUGCUCUUAAUAUACAGUAGUUAUUAAAAGGAAAAAAAAAGACAAAUGUGAUUGGUUUUUCCUACUAGCCUGUCAACUGCGUGAGAACGCCGAAUAAACGCCGAUCCAGUGGACGCGGCCCAGAGGGCCGACCCCAGGGACCGGCCCUACGCCACGCCGCGCUGUUUUGCUGUGGGGCUUAACCUGACGUGGAGGGGCGGGACUUCCUGCGGAAGCGGAGGGGGAGGCACGGGCCGGUGGGUGCGGCUGACACAUCAGUGGUGUUCCAGGCGCUGCGCGCGAGCCCAGGAGGCGAGCAGGGACCCGGGCUUUGUGGCCAUCUCUCCGGGUCCCCACGACGCCGAUUUCCGUGCAAGGAUGGCUCGGGGCGAGCGGCGGCGCCGCGGAGCGCCGGCAGACGGAGCGCGGACCGCUGAGAGGGCGGCUCGGGGCGGCCCCGCGCGACGGGAAGGCCGGGGCGGCAGGCCCCGGGGCGCGGCUGCGGGAGCCGCUCUGGCCGUCGUGGUCCUGUCUCUGGCCCUGGGCCUGUCGGGAUGCUGGCUGCUGGCAUGGCACCGUGCGCGGCGGGCUGUCACGCUGCACUCCGCGCCCCCGGCGUUGCCUCCCGACUCUUCCAGCCCCGCCGUGGCCCCGGACCUCUUCUGGGGCACCUACCGUCCUCACGUUUACUUCGGCAUGAAGACCCGCAGUCCGCAGCCCCUCCUCACCGGACUGAUGUGGGCGCAGCAAGGCACCACCCCGGGGACCCCUAAGCUCAGGCACACGUGUGAGCAGGGGGACGGCGUGGGUCCCUAUGGCUGGGAGUUCCACGACGGUCUCUCCUUCGGGCGGCAACACAUCCAGGAUGGGGCCUUAAGGCUCACCACUGAGUUCGUCAAGAGGCCUGGGGGUCAACACGGAGGGAACUGGAGCUGGAGAGUGACUGUAGAGCCUCAGGCCUCAGGUACCUCUGCUCUCCCUUUGGUGUCCUUGUUCUUCUAUGUGGUAACAGAUGGCAAAGAAGUCCUAGUGCCAGAGGUUGGAGCUAAGGGGCAGUUGAAGUUCAUCAGUGGACACACCAGUGAACUUGGUGACUUCCGCUUUACACUUAUGCCACCAACCAGUCCAGGAGAUACAGCCCCCAAGUAUGGCAGCUACAAUGUCUUCUGGUCGUCCAACCCAGGACUUCCCUUGCUGACAGAGAUGGUGAAGAGCCGCCUAAAUAACUGGUUUCAGCAUCGGCCCCCAGGGGCUUCCCCUGAACGCUACCUCGGCUUGCCAGGAUCUCUGAAGUGGGAGGACAGAGGCCCAAGUGGGCAAGGACAGGGACAAGGGCAAUUUUUGAUACAACAGGUGACACUGAAAGUCCCCUUUUCUGUGGAGUUGGUGUUUGAAUCAGGCAGUGCCCAGGCAGGAGGAAGCCAAGCCCUAGAGCAGCUGGCAGGCAGCCUGCUGACCCAGGCCCUGGAAAGCCAUGCUGAAGCCUUUAGAGAGCGCUUUGAGAAGACCUUCCGGCUGAAGGAGAAGGGCCUGAGCCCUGAGGAGCAGGCUUUGGGUCAGGUUGCCCUCAGUGGUCUUCUUGGUGGUAUUGGCUACUUCUAUGGACAGGGUCUGGUGUUGCCAGACAUGGAGGUUGAGGGGUCUAAGCAGAAGGUGGACCCAGUCCUCUUUCCACCUGUCCCUCUUUUCACAGCAGUGCCCUCCCGGUCAUUCUUCCCGCGAGGUUUCCUGUGGGACGAGGGCUUUCACCAGCUGGUGAUCCAACGGUGGGAUCCCCGGCUCACCCGGGAGGCCAUAGGCCACUGGCUGGGGCUGCUAAAUGCUGACGGCUGGAUUGGGCGGGAGCAGGUGCUGGGGGAUGAGGCCAGAGCCCGGGUGCCCUCAGAGUUCCUGGUGCAACGGACAGCCCACGCCAACCCCCCAACUCUGCUUUUGCCUAUAGCCCACAUGCUAGAGGGUGGUGACCCUGCCGACUAUGCCUUCCUCCACAGGGCCUUCCCCCGCCUGCGUGCCUGGUUCUCCUGGCUUCAUCAGAGCCAGGCAGGGCCAGUGCCACUGUCUUACCGCUGGCGGGGCCGGGACCCAGCCUUGCCAACCCUACUGAACCCCAAGACGCUGCCUUCAGGGUUGGAUGACUAUCCCCGGGCUUCACACCCUUCAUCCACUGAGCGGCACCUGGACCUGCGGUGCUGGGUGGCACUGGGUGCCCGUGUGCUGAUGCGGCUAGCGGAGCGGCUGGGAGAGGCUGAGGCAGCUGCAGAGCUGGGCCCACUGGCUGCCUCCCUGGAAGCAGAGGAGAGCCUGGAUGAGCUGCAUUGGGCCCCAGAGCUAGGAGUUUUUGCAGACUUUGGGAAUCACACAAAAGCAGUGCAGCUGAAGCCUAGACCCCCUCAGGGCCUGGUGCGAGUGGUGGGCCGGCCCAACCCUCGAUUACAGUAUGUGGAUGCCUUGGGCUAUGUCAGUCUUUUUCCCUUCCUGCUGAGGCUACUGGACCCCAACUCAUCCCGCCUUGGACCCCUGCUGGAUGUUGUAGCUGAUAGCCGCCAGCUCUGGAGCCCCUUUGGUUUGCGCUCCCUUGCAGCAACCAGCCCCUUUUACAGCCAGCGCAAUUCAGAGCAUGAUCCUCCCUACUGGCGAGGUGCUGUGUGGCUCAAUGUCAACUACCUGGCAUUGGGGGCUCUUCACUACUAUGGGCAUCUGAAGGGUCCCUACCAGGCCCGUGCUGCCAAGCUCCACAGAGAACUCCGUACCAAUCUGGUGAGCAAUGUGAGGCGGCAGUACCAGGCCACGGGCUUCCUGUGGGAGCAAUACAGUGACCAGGAUGGGCGAGGCAUGGGCUGCCGCCCUUUCCAGGGCUGGACCAGCCUUGUCCUACUGGCCAUGGCUGAAGACUAUUGAAGGGGGAACAUGGGAGGGGAGCCAGGCCCCUUAUGCCACUCUGGAGUCGAGGGACAAGGUCUCUCACUUCUGCCCCUAGCCCUCAAGUACCAGUGCUUCAAACCCUCCUCAGCUCAUCUCAGGUGUCUCCUUACUGACAUCCCACAUAGCCCUGGAGUGAAUGUGAAUUCAGAGUCUAUUUUUAUAAAUAAAUGGGAAAGCCAUGUCAAA